AUGUCGGUCAAAUGGCAACCCCCAGAUCAGGCAACUCUCAAGAUCAACACAGAUGGAGCCUUCUCGGAAGCUACGGGCAAGGCGGCAGGGGGUGGAUUGAUCCGCAACCACCUGGGGAAAAUGAUCCUCGCCUUCGCCACUCCCCUUGACACCCAAUCGGCCCUGGAGGCGGAGCUUAAGGCCGCGCACCUUGGCCUUGCCUUGGCGAGAAACUUCAUGCAAACAAUGUGGCUCGAACUGGACUCGGAGCAGGUGAUCAAGCUUACCAAUGGCACAGCUUGGGGACCGGCCCAUGUUCGUCAUGAUAUUGCCCGCCUUAGGGCCCUCAAGUGCCAUACUAACUUUCGCGCAUCCUUUAUCCACCGUGAAGGCAACAUGGCGGCGGACUUUCUCGCUAAGUUGGGAAUGGAAAGACCAGAAUUUUGCCAGUUCAAUGACUCCACAGCACCACGGCUCCUCAAGGCCAUGAUCCGCAUGGAAGAAAUUGGAGUGCCUAAUAUUAGAGUCCGGGGUGACAAUCACGACUAG